AUGGAGGACCAGCUGGAGAACAUUGAUGUCAGGACAUACGAGGUGGGGGUCUUCUGGGCUGUGUCCACCCUGUCCAAGUUGCCUCUCUCGCUGCCUCUCUGGUCCCCAUCAGACUUUGUCCCCAACUACGUCUACUUCGAGAACUCUUCCAGCAACCCGUACCUGAUCCGAAGGAUCGAGGAGCUCAACAAGACGGCCAACGGGAACGUGGAGGCCAAGGUGGUGUGUUUCUACAGACGAAGGGACAUCUCGAGCACGCUCAUUGCCCUGGCCGACAAGCACGCGACCCUGUCAGUGUGCUAUAAAUCCGGUCCUGGGUCGGAGAAUGAUGAGGAAGGGGAGAUGGAGGAGGAGCUUGAGAACCCAGAGAUCGUGGACCUGCCCGAGAAAGUCAAACACCAGCUACGGCACCGGGAGCUCUUCCUGUCACGACAGCUGGAGUCUCUGCCUGCCACUCACAUCAGGGGCAAGUGCAGCGUCACGUUACUCAAUGAGACUGAGUCACUCAAGUCCUACCUGGAACGGGAGGAUUUCUUCUUCUAUUCUCUAGUCUAUGACCCCCAGCAGAAGACCCUGCUGGCCGAUAAAGGGGAGAUCCGCGUGGGGAACCGGUACCAGGCUGAUAUCACUGACUUGCUGAAGGAAGGAGAAGAGGAUGGACGAGACCAGGCCAAGCUGGAGACCAAGGUCUGGGAGGCACACAACCCGCUGGUAGACAAGCAGAUUGACCAGUUCCUCGUGGUGGCCCGCUCCGUGGGGACCUUUGCCCGCGCACUGGACUGUAGCAGCUCCGUCCGUCAACCCAGCCUACACAUGAGUGCCGCAGCCGCGUCCCGAGACAUCACUCUGUUCCAUGCCAUGGACACACUCCACAAGAACAUCUAUGACAUCUCCAAGGCCAUUUCAGCCCUGGUGCCGCAGGGCGGGCCGGUGCUGUGCCGGGACGAGAUGGAGGAGUGGUCAGCCUCAGAGGCCAACCUCUUCGAGGAGGCCCUGGAAAAGUACGGGAAGGACUUUACAGACAUCCAACAGGACUUCCUCCCAUGGAAGUCUCUGACAAGCAUCAUCGAAUACUACUAUAUGUGGAAGACAACCGACAGAUACGUCCAGCAGAAACGCUUAAAGGCAGCAGAAGCUGAGAGCAAGUUAAAGCAAGUUUAUAUACCCAACUAUAACAAGCCAAAUCCAAACCAGAUCCACGUUAACAGCGUCAAGGCAGGUGUGGUGAACGGCACAGGGGCGCCAGGCCAGAGCCCUAGUGCUGGCCGAGCCUGCGAGAGCUGUUACACCACACAGUCUUACCAGUGGUAUUCUUGGGGUCCCCCUAACAUGCAGUGUCGUCUCUGUGCCUCUUGUUGGACAUAUUGGAAGAAAUAUGGUGGCUUGAAAAUGCCAACCCGCUUAGAUGGUGAGCGGCCGGGACCCAACCGUAGUAAUAUGAGCCCACACGGUAUCCCUACUCGGAGCAGCGGAAGCCCCAAGUUUGCCAUGAAGACCAGGCAGGCCUUCUAUCUGUACACAACUAAGCUGACACGCAUUGCCCGGCGGCUGUGCCGUGAGAUCCUGCGCCCCUGCCACGCCGCCCGGCACCCCUACAUGCCCAUCAAUAGCGCCGCCAUCAAGGCCGAGUGCACAGCCCGGCUGCCCGAGGCCUCCCAGAGCCCGCUGGUGCUGAAGCAGGUGGUGCGGAAGCCCCUGGAGGCUGUGCUCCGGUACCUUGAGGCCCACCCGCGCCCUCCGAAGCCUGAACCUUCGAGGAGUUUGUCUGGCGCACCCAGCAGUCUGACGCCCGCGAAGGCAGCCCCCGUCAUCAACAACGGCUCCCCCACCAUCCUGGGCAAGCGGAGCUAUGAGCAACACAAUGGGGCGGACGGCAACAUGAAGAAGCGCCUCCUGAUGCCCAGUAGGGGUCUGACAAACCAUGGACAGACCAGGCAUAUGGGACCAAGCCGGAACCUACUGCUCAAUGGGAAGUCGUACCCCACCAAAGUGCGGCUGAUCCGGGGGGGCUCCCUGCCCCCCGUGAAGCGGCGGCGGAUGAACUGGAUAGACGCCCCCGACGACGUGUUUUACAUGGCCACUGAGGAGACCAGGAAGGUUCGAAAGCUCCUCUCCUCCUCCGAAACCAAACGCGCAGCCCGCCGGCCCUACAAGCCCAUUGCCCUGCGCCAGAACCAGGCGCUGCCUCUCCGGCCACCUCCUCCGCCACCCGUGAACGACGAGCCCAUUGUCAUUGAGGACUAG